UUAAGGCGAGCGGUAACAUCUUUCAGAAAUCUUACGUUAUGAUUCGAUUUUAGUUUUUCUAUUUUAAAAGUUGAUGUGACGAGCUUUCAAAGUAACGUUAAAUGGUUUGUUUAAAGACCAAAUUCAUGUCUUUGCGCAAGUGGGGGAUGGGCUAAGGCCUGUCCUUGACAAGCGAAGAGGUCAUUUUUCUGAGAGGUGUCGAAGUGGAACUCCAUUUUGUUUUCGUGAAAAUUCACGUACGCGCUUUUCCGAUAGCACACAUGACGUCAAAAUCGUCACCGGGUAUAUAUACUGAGUCCCACCCUUUCUAGAUCAUUCCCUGGAUUUGUCUGAGGUGAGUAAACGUGUUAGGAUUUGUGGUCGGUACGCAUUUUUUGACCAAUAAUACAUUUUCCCUAUUUUUUGUCGUUUUUAGUUCACAUUCCACUUUAAAACCAUCAGAAGAGCCGAAUGUUGCUUUGAGAAGACAACGUUCCAUGUCCGUUGCCGUUUUCCUAACGUGUCGAUUGCUUUUGUUCUUUGUUUCAGGUCUGGCUAACGUUAUCUCAGUGAAGAUCUGGCGUCGAGGAUUUUCAACAGUGUUUGAAGACCAAAACCAAAAAUUCUCAUUAUUUUUUCCUACUCAAGUAAUGGACAUUUGAUUACUACUUUUUGCCUCCAGACUGUUCCAGAAGGAAAACCUAGAGCUUAUCACAAUCCCGCCCAUUAAGCAAUUUUUCAACCAUGAUAUAAAGUCAUGACAGUUUACUUUCUGAAACUGUUAUAACUGAAAGAUUUGUUGCUGUAGCUAAAGCACAAUAUAAUUUAGCUACCCGAGACGCAGAGGAGAGGUAUAAAUAGUAAGUGUUGCCUUUCAAACCGAUUUGAACCUAAAUUUGAAGAAUUAUAGCUAUAUAUAAUAUGUCUUGCCAUAAAUAUAUUUGAGUUACCUAGAAAUAAUCGAAUGUAGCGAGUUAUCUUGCUAGGAUAGCUGGAUUGAGCUAUUUUAAGCAUUUGGUCAUAAUCAGCUAGUGUUAGCAUAUGAGCUCGCACAGCAAAGUCUACAGAGGCUGAGCGCCCUGUGUUUCUUUGUGUGUGAGACUGGUUUGUCAAUUAAAUUAUUUAAUCAUAAUGAAUAUAGUAUAAAUCCAAGAUCGCUGUUCAUAAGCAAUCUGUACAUAAAGAUUGCCAAGAGUUAGACAGGCAGGAAGUGAUUUUAUUUUGAUGUCGCUAAAAAUCUUUUUGAAGGGAGAGCUCAUUGGAACCAAACAACGCAAUCUACACAUAAAGAUUGCAAUACCUGACGAUUAUGGACUUGCAAUCCGAAAGUGGAACGCUAUAAAAUGUCUUUUUUUUUUACUGUGACUUCACAAUGUUUUAAUGUUAGUUUUUGUCAUGCUGGCUAGUUUGUAUUUUCGCGCAGAUUCCGUUUUCGUUGGUUUGUUUUAUCUAGUUAAGGCUAUCCUUAACCGUAUGUCUAAUUUAAACGUUGCAAUCUCAUGAUAAAGAUUGCGGUCAGUGAGAACGUAGGUGUACAGACAAGGGAACUUAGGUUGAGAAGUCUUUGCUUUGCGGUUGUAACGUUAGCUCUAAAAUGGCGGACAGGUUGUCCUUUGUUGAGAACACUCGAGGCAAUGGAGGCUCAGGUUGUUUGACUUCUGGGAUUACAUGAGUCGGAGCCAUCUCCCUGAUAGCUCCACUCGGACCGAAUUCGUUUACUGGAUUUUCUGAUGGACUUUUCCGACCAUUAGUUGUGUUUUGGAGUUAUAGAGGUAGACAACUGCUCGAUGUAACAGCAGUUAAUGUGACGUAUUUUUCCUUCUUCAAAAUGGCGCUCGUGGCUUCAUCAUCCAGCGCUCUCUGGUUGUUUUUACACGACGCCCGCCAUGAAGAGGUUAACAGAGAGGGCUGGCCAUAGAUAGUGCUUCAACGAAUCACUGCGUCAGAGGGCCCCUCCCUGGGCAGCUUGUGUCGACCUGGCUUAUGAAAGCCAGGAUGUGUGACAGAUGGCUAAUACAUCAGACCCCUAUUGCAGCUUGGCUUCAUUAUAAAACAAAGCCUGUGUUAAUGGCGCAUGAAUUGCGUACAAUUCGUAUUUGUUAGUUAAGGCAAUGAAAUUGUCUUGAUCUUUUCAUACUUUAUUGUACUUGCUUUUUACAAUGCAGUGCAUCAGUAUAAGGCGACGAGUGUAGAUUAAUAAUUGGCCUACAAAUUGCCUAACUCUUCUAUUUUGACCCAAGUUUUCUUUCCCUUAGUUGCAUCAUAGACGAGUAGAGGGCGAUUCCUUUAUCACAUGAGCAUUCAUUGAUGUUGAGACAUUUCUUGAAAGUAAAGUCGAUGGUUUUUAAAGCCAUACAUUACAAUGCUUUGUUAGUCUCGUUAACUGUGUGUACAUGUGUAACAGUUGUGACGUUUUCAGGAAUUGUGUUGUAUGUCCCGUGUUUUGGAGUUCGAUUCUGAAUUGUGAGAGUAUAAAAACUUCUACAACCACAGUUAAACGGACGCACCAAUGGCAGUGGGGCCUGUUGACCCGAGGGAGGUGUUGAGAGGUGUGGAGGUGCUCCUGGGGAAGGAUGGGGAGCUGCGCAGCCUUGAGGGAGUUGCCAAAGUCUUCAGUCUCAUGAAGGCAUCUCAUAAGAUGGUCAGCAGAUGCAUGUACCUGAACAUCCUGCUGCAGACCAAGUCCCAUGACAUUCUAAACAGAUUUAUUCGGGUGGGUGGCUACAAGCUGAUGAACUCAUGGCUCACCUACUCAAAGACCACCACCAACACACCACUGCUCCAGCUUAUCCUCCUGACCCUGCAGAAGCUGCCUCUCACCGUGGACCAUCUCAAGCAGAACAACACAGCCAAGCUGGUGAAGCAUUUGAGCAAGAGCGCCGAGACUGAAGAGGUGAGGAAGCUGUCCUCAGUGCUGGUGGAGGGCUGGAUGAACAUCAUCCGUUCCCAGAGUGUGGCGGCCAGCGGGGCUUCCCCUGCAGAUAAGAAGAAAAAGAAAGAAGAGAGCAAAGUUCGACCUGAAGUGAAGGCUACCGAAGCCAAAGCUGCUGCUGCUGCUGCUGCUGCUGCUGCAGAAGAGGAGAAGAAGAAAGACAAGCCCAAGGCUCACGCUCCCAGUCACGCCAAGAUUCGUUCCAUAGGUUUGGAGAUGGACACCCUCGCUCCAAUGCCACCCAAGAAGCUGGCGCCUGCCCUUGUGCUUGGGGACAAAUACAACAUCAAACCAGCGGUACUCAAGAGGCCCAGCCCACCAUUAAGACUCAACUCAUCUCCUUUCUUCAAUCUCAGUGGCUCCCCGCCAGACGCCCCACCCGUGGAGAAGAAGUACAAGCCCCUCAACACCAACUCCACAACCAAGGAGUCCCGUGUCAAACUCAUUCCUGCCCAGCCCAUGGAGUGCACAGGCUUCUUGGAUGCUCUCAACUCGGCCCCGAUUCCCGGCAUCAAGAUCAAGAAGAAGUCGUCCAAGGGCAAGGCCGUGUCCCCCACCUCUAACAAGCCGUCUCCGUUCGAUUCUAAGACCCCCUACCCCAACACGCAGACCAAGCCGUCGUCCCCCGAGGCCGCCGCGUCUCACACCCCUACCGACGAGCCCCAGGAGCUGGAGCAGCCCGGGACGCCUGUGCCAACCGAGGACCCAGAGGCCAUGGACACCUCCACUGACAAGCCCAAUGCGCUGGCAGAGCCCCGUGGCGAUGAAGAGAUCCUGACGAAGAAAGGGAAGAAGAAGAAGAACGUGUCCUGGGCAGAGGAGGAGCAGCUCAAAGAGUACUUCUACUUUGACCUGGACGAGACCGAAAGAGCUUUGUCUGUUUCUUCUCUAGUAAAUGUGAACAAGAUCAAGGACUUUGGCGAGGCGGCCAAGCGCGAGCUGAUGAUGGACAGGCAUACGUUUGAGAUGGCACGGCGGCUGUCCCACGACACCAUGGAGGAGCGCGUGCCCUUCACGCCCCCGCGCCCCCUAAACCUCAUCGGCAACCUGGUGAUCCCGGGCGCCAACAGCACCGAAAGGCAGACCCAGAGAGACCGCGAGAUGGGCAUCCUGCAGGAGAUCUUCCUCAGCAAAGAGAGUGUCCCAGACAGCCCCCAUGAGCCUGAUCCUGAGCCCUAUGAGCCGAUGCCCCCACGCCUUAUCCCUCUGGACGAGGACAGCACCAUGAUGGAGGAGCCCUACGUGGACCAGACCGAAAGUGCUGCACCCUCCGGCCCUCCCCCAGUUGGCCCCGACAGCUCCAAACUGCCCCCCGUCCUGGCCAACCUCAUGGGCAGCAUGGGCAGCAUUGGCAACCUGGGCAACCUGGGCAACCUGGGCAACCUGAGCAACCUGGGCAACCUGAGCAACCUGGGCAACCUGGGCAACCUGGGCCCAAGCAGUCACAGCCCCCAGAUGCAGGGUGCCCCUGCACCACCCGCCAGCAACCCAGCCCUCAACGUCAACGUGCAGGAGCUGCUGACGUCCAUUAUGGGUGCCUCAGGGGGAAACCAGUCAGCAGAGGACCUGAUCAAGCAGCCCGACUUUUCCGACAAGAUCAAGCAGCUGUUGGGCUCUCUGCAGCAGACCCAGAACCAGAACCAGAACAUGCCCAACCAGAACAUGCCCAACAACAUGCCGCCAGUUCCCACUGGUCUUCUUGGCCACGGCCCCGGCAUGAACAUGAACAUGCCCAUGAACAUGCCCAUGAACGGAGGCUACCCGCCCAACAAGCCACCCCCCGGCGGCCCACACUACAACCACCCCCCUCCCCCGCACGGACACGGGCCCCCCUUCAACGCCGGGGGCCCAGGGCCAGGCCCACGCAUGAUGGGGCCCCCUCCCGGCGGACCUGGAGGUCGCGGCGGAGACAACGGCAACUACUGGGGCGACGACUCCAUGCGGGGCGGUCCGCACCGCGGAGGCCACUUCCACCGCGGCCGAGGGCGAGGAGGCGACCAGGGCUUCAGAGGGAGAGGCCGCGGAGGGCCCAGAGGAGGCCACAACAACAUGAACGACAUGUCCAAGAGGCCCGUGUGUCGACACUUCAUGAUGAAGGGCAACUGCCGAUACGAGAACAACUGCGCCUUCUAUCACCCUGGGGUUAACGGGCCACCACUGCCCCCCCAGCACUGACAGUCUAACACAUAACACCCACCCUGCUCCCCUUCCCCACCUGUGAGCACUGUAUGUCCUCGGACACACACACACACACACACACACACACCCUGUGGCCAUUCUGACAGUCCCUCAUUGAUCACUAGGGGGCAGUUGGACUCCAGUCAGAGCCACUGCAGUGAGACACAAUGGCUGCUUCUGUGUGAGUUCCGUAGCUGAAGCCGAGCUGGGAUGACGAUACACACAAACACACCCACACACACACAAAGAGUGAGAGAGAGAGAGACUCCCACAUCCCAGAAAAUGGCCUGUACCUUUGCUAGCUACCACGCUACCUGUUCCAGCGGCCUUGACUAAUGAACACUACUUUCUUCUUCCACGCUUGGUUACGAGGCUUCUGUGAACAUGCUGGCGUGACACACAAAGACUGUCCUGGUGUGACAGACAGACAGACAGACAGUGAGCUGGUCGUCAGUGUGAGGAAAUGCUUUUCCACCUUUCUUUGGUUUCCCCCCACCCCCACCCUAGUCAGUGGAGAUUGUGUCCCUCCUGCCCCUAUGACCACUAAAGUGAACGCAGGCAGUGCUGGUUAUCCUGGACAUCCUGGUCUCUGUCCAGUGUCUGUCCCCCCACUCUCAUUCCAUCUCUUUCCCCCAGGCCUGCUCCCGCCUGGGUCCAUAUGCCCUGUUGCACUUUUCCAGUCCAAAUGAGAGGAGAACAUAUAUAGAUUUUACAGAGUUCUAUUUUUUACUAUUUAACAUUCACAGAUUGAAGUAUUAACCCUUCACUGACCCCCCUUUGUGAACCUAGUGACCC